UUGCUCACUUCCCUGCAUUCGACAUCUGAGAACUCUCCAAAGCCGAUUCCCCUUCCCAUCUCUUCUUCCCAUACUCUCCCAUCGCCAACUUUUCUUAGCUUUGAAUCCUCUCAAAGCGAGUAGAUUUCCUGUUUCCCUCCCUUCGCUUUUGCUUUGCCUUCUCCUCUGCAAGGAGUAAAGAUGAUCCAAGGAUUGCUAGGUGGAAGCAUGGAGGAGAGGAAGCUAUCUCAUGCUGGAGGCCUUCUGAUCCACCCCUCCUCCUCGGUCUCUCCCGCCUCUUCCGUAUCCUCUCAGUCGCAGUCGUCGUCGACGUCGUCGCUGUCGUCGGCCACUGCCGAGAAGCAGCAGCAGCAGCAGCAGAACCUCCGGUGCCCGCGGUGCGACUCCACCAACACCAAGUUCUGCUACUACAACAACUACAACCUCACCCAGCCGCGCCACUUCUGCAAGACCUGCCGCCGGUACUGGACCAAGGGUGGCGCCCUCCGCAACGUCCCUAUCGGCGGUGGGUGCCGCAAGACCAAGGCGGCGCCCGCCAUUGCCGCGGCCGGGGCUGGCGGUAAGUCGGCAGGCGCCACCAAGGCGAAGCCGGCGUCGUCCGACCUCCUUCUGAGGUCGGCCCUGACGGCCGGGCUGGAGACCGAGCUAUCGAGGAGCUCCAUACUGUGGGCUUCACCACAUACUUCCCACCUGAUGGACCUUUUGAGGUCCGCCACCACCAUCCAGAACCCUAACCCUAGCCUCAAUUCUACGCCCAAUCUUAACCUCAACUCCGGCAGACUCAAGGAGGAUAGGCAGUUGCUCGGCGCGCAGACGGUGGCCGAGACAGGAGGCACGCUAAACGCACACGCCCCAAGCUUGGACUCUCUGCAGGGUCAGCUCGGCUUGGGUGCUUCCCUAUGGAGGAACAGCAACAGCUACUCGCAGCAGCAGCAGCAAAACAACAACAUAGUGUUAGGUGACAUGCCGAUCUCAGAAAUCCAAGACAUGUACCGAAGGUUCAAAUCCUCCUCCAAUUACUACAAUGAGCAGUUGGAGACAGCGAUGAACAGUGUCGGCAGCUUCGAUUCUUCUUGCUCCUCGGUCACCUCCAUGAUGACCAGUGCCGGUAUGGUUACUACUUCUACGACUCCUAGCAUGAUGGACCCCAUCCCACACCCCGUUGGCGAAUUCGGCUACUGGAAUCAGGCUUUGGCGUGGUCCGAUCUACCAACUCCCAAUGGUGCAGUAUUCCACUAAGAGGACUCAGCUCCUAGCAUUUGUGUUUAGGCUUUUGGUGAUGGAGGGUUCUACUUUUUCUUGUGUUUUAGUGGGCUUAAAAUGCGUGUCUGUUUGUGCUUCGGGAUGUGUUGAUCGAUUAGGCAUUGGAUGGCAUACCGUCUUUCUUUGUC